UUGACAACACGUGCGCAUCCGCGAUCCGAUCACGACAACCUUCUGUUUUGAUAUUAACGUUUUUUAUUUUAGUAUUUUGUAUUUUGUUUCGGAGUGUGCGUUUUGGUGAUUUUUUUUUUUUACCGUCACUCUGCGUUUUAUUAUUUAUUUAUUUACACGUAAAUAAAUAUUACACCGGUGUGUAGUAAUAAUAGUGUAUAUCGCGCGUUCACGAUGGUGACGAAAUCGUUGAACGGUCCGAGUUUCACCAUCAACCACAUACUUGGCCGCCUGGACGUGGACGACGAACGGGACGACAUCAAGAGUCCCGGCCCGUCGACGUCGCGGUCGUACACCACCGGCAGCGAGGCCGGUAGCGACUGCAGCGGCGACGAUUGCCUGUGCGCGCCCGUCGACUACAGCACCAGGCCCGGCAGUCCGGACAAAAAGACCACGGACGACGAAGACGACGGUGCCGUGACCGGGGCGGCUGCGGCUUCGACGGACGGCGAAACGGCCGCCGACGGCAAGGACGUGAAAAAGACCAAAGAACAACAGCAACAGGACGACAAGAACAAAAAGCCCAACUACAGCUACAACGCGCUGAUCAUGAUGGCCAUUUCCGAGAGCCCGCAAAAGCGGUUGACCCUGAGCGGCAUUUACGAGUACAUCAUGACCAAGUUUCCGUUUUACCGGAUGAACACGCCCGCGUGGCAAAACAGCAUCCGGCACAAUCUGUCGUUGAACAAGUGUUUCGUGAAAAUCCCCCGGAGCUUCGACGACCCGGGCAAGGGCAACUACUGGAUGAUCGACCCGAACAGCAGCGACGUGUACAUCGGCGGCACCACCGGCAAGUUGCGCCGGCGGUCCACGCAAUCGUCCCGGCACAGGAUAGCGUACAGGCCGCCGAUGCAGCCGCUGCCGCCGCAUCACCCACACGCCGCAGCCGCCGCCGCCGCCUUCUAUCACCAUCACCGCGGUGCCGGAGUGCCGCCGCCGCCGCCCAGCUCGGCCGUGCCUCACCAUCCCGCUUGGUCGGCCGAUUACGCCGCGGCCGCGGCCGCCGCCGCCGGUUUCGACUACCUGCACCAAUACUUUUGGCCGCCAGCGGCCGCCGCCUACCAACAACAACAACAACAGCAACAGCAGCAUCAUCAACAUCAACAACAGCAACACCAUCAUCAACAACAGUUAUCGCCCGCGGCUCCCGCGGUAGCCACCUCGACCGGAUACUCGAUAAGUCAACUGUUGAGGCCCACGUUACAGGUGCCGCCCAAGAGGCCCACCGCCGUCAUGCACCCGGCGGCCGCGGCCGCGGCGGCCCUCCUCCAAGUGUCCAUGACCCGACACCAGUGACGUAUGUAAAAUUCCAGAAAAAUUGCAUACUUAUUAUAUUUGUCGUCUAAGUACACAAAGUUACCUAUUUUUUUUUCUUGUAAAUAAUGUGGAAAAUGCCUUAGUUUUCUCCCUUCGGGUCUCCGGCCAAUACUUUUUUUUUAAAAAUUAUUUUUACAUGAUCUCUAAAGACUAGCUGUUGUUAAAAAACGCCUAAAACUUGAGCAAAGUUAUUAAAAAUUGUUUCCUUUCAAAAAAAAAAAAUGUUUGGGCACUCCAUUCUAGUCAAACGCGCCAUUCGUGUCCAGUAUUUUUAUAAUAUGUUCAUGCGCUAUUCAAUACUAUUAUGAUGUAAAAAAAAAAAAAUGUGUUUCCUAUAAUUUAAUAAUGUACAGCGCGCGUUCGCAUCACAAGUGCCUUGAGAAAAUAAUUAAAAUGAUAAUAUUACCUAUUAUAAAGUACUAGACGUUUUAGGUUAAUGUAUUGUUAUCAAUAAUUUUGUUUUUUGUUUUGGAAACAAACUUAGUAUUUUAUAAUGUAUAAUAAUUAUUGUAUUAUCCACUCACGAAUAUUAUUAUAAUGUAAU